AGUUGAGAGAUAGUGAUGGAUGAGCUGUCACCACAUGGUUGUAAAGCCUACAUACAUGAUCUCAAACCCUGUUCCUGUUCAUCCAUGCAUGAAUAAGGAGAAAAUCCAUGAGACCCGUGUAGAACACCACAGAUCAGAGGGAAAAAUCCCGUUUUUCUUGGUUGCAAGUCAGGCAAGAGGAGGAUUUACAAAGGAAGAAUUGCAUUUGCAGAAUUCUCUGCCGUGAAAGCUUCGUAACAAAUUCUGCAAAUCUUUAUUUGCGGGGUUAGGGCGGGGGUUUGAGGGAUUCGAACCCGAGACGUCAGUAAUGGCCAAGGACUGGAAGAAAGAGGUGCGCCAGUCCGGGCCGCUGCGGGAGGUGGAGCUUGAGAGCGGCGUUAAUGGCUGGUCGUCUCCGCCGGGAAGGCUUUUCACUGUGCGGGGGGAGAACUAUCUGAGCAAGAAGCAGAAAGUUGCAGCAGGGGAAUGGCUGAUGAGUCCGCUUGGAAUGGACUGGUUGCGCUCUGGAAGCCGUCUGGACAAUGUUCUGGCGCGCUCGGACAACCGCGUAAUGGCGGCGCUCCGCCGCGCUCAAGAUUCAGGCAAAGCGCCGCUCAAGACCUUUGUUUUGGCCGUAAAUCUUCAGGUUCCAGGGCGUAGUGAGCACCACAGCGCUGUGUUUUACUACGCGGUGGAUGAGGGUCUGGUGCCGGGAUCUUUGCUUUACCGCUUUGUUAAUGGCGACGAUGCCUUCCGGAACAGCAGAUUUAAAUUGGUUAAUCGCAUCGUGAGAGGGCCGUGGAUUGUUCGCGCUACCGUUGGCAAUCAUGCGGCCUGCCUACUCGGGAAGGCUUUGACAUGCCGCUACCUGAAAGGCCAGAACUACCUUGAGAUUGAUGUCGAUGUCGGUUCUUCUGCUCUGGCUAAUGCCGUUGUUCACCUGGCGCUCGGCUAUGUGAACUCUGUUUCGGUGGACAUGGCGUUCAUUGUGGAGGCGCAGGCGGAGGAGGAGCUCCCUGAGAAGCUUAUCGGCGCUGUUCGGAUUCAGCAGAUCGAAAUGUCCAGUGCGCUUUAUGUCGAAAAUGUCGGUGCGGAUCACAAUUGUGGUGGUGAUAAUUGUGGCAGAACAAUGGGGGUUAAUAAUGGUGAGUGGCGGAAGCGGGGAAGGUGCUUGAGGAGCCAUGGCUCUAGGGUUGAAGACGAAGCUGAAGCCGCUUCAGCAGCCGCGGCAAAUCUUUGAAAUAAUUUCAAUAAUCUUGGUGAAAUCUGCGGCCAUUUAUUGCAGAGCAGCAGCCCUAGUGACGGUAUUCAUUGUGAGAAUGGCCUGUCACCAGAGGGAAAAUGAAUGAAUGAAUGAAUCCUUUGCCGUUUAAAUCGGCCAUUUAUCCCGGUUGCAUAACUGGGCUGGAAUUUAUACAGCACCAUUUAUCAUUCUGAUGAUUUCUCUUUUUCCA